GCCAUGGCUGCAGGCCCCUUGCGCGGUCUGGCAGUGGCCGGUGGAGGCUAGAGUAGCGAGAGCGAGGAUGACGGCUGGGAGAUUGGGUAUCUCGACCGGGCAGCUCAGAAAUUAAAAGGACCGUUAGCCAUUGAAGAAAAGCAUGAAACAUUUAAGAAAGCUUUGACUACAGGAGAUGUUUCAUUGGUCGAGGAGCUCCUGGAUUCUGGCAUCAGUGUAGAGUUCAGCUUUCGCUAUGGGUGGACUCCCCUUAUGUAUGCUGCCAGUGUUUCCAAUGUAGCGCUGCUUCAGGUUCUGUUGGACAGAGGUGCUAAUGCAAGCUUUGAUAAGGAUAAGCAAACUAUUUUGAUAACUGCAUGUUCUGCUCAUGGCUCAGAGGAACAGAUCUUGAAGUGUGUAGAGCUACUACUUUCAAGAAAUGCUGAUCCAAAUGUUGCUUGUAGGAGACUUAUGACUCCCAUCAUGUAUGCUGCACGGAAUGGUCACCCUCAGGUUGUUGCUCUCCUUGUUGCUCAUGGAGCAGAAGUUAAUACCCGGGAUGAGAAUGGCUAUACUGCUUUAACAUGGGCAGCACAUCAGGGUCAUAAAAAUGUAGUUUUGAAGUUGCUUGAACUUGGAGCUAAUAAAAUGAUACAAACCAAAGAUGGAAAGACACCAAGUGAGAUUGCAAAAAGAAAUAAACAUCUAGAGAUCUUCAACUUUCUUUCCUUGACUUUAAAUCCUUGGGGAGGAAAGCUUCAACAGCUAACUAAAGAAGAGACUAUUUGUAAACUAUUGAGAACAGAUUCUGAUAAAGAUCACAUAUUUAGUUCAUAUACAGCAUUUGGAGAUCUGGAAAUAUUUUUACAUGGUCUUGGACUUGAACAUAUGACAGAUUUACUGAAGGAAAGGGAUAUAACUUUAAGACAUCUUUUGACCAUGACGAAAGAUGAGUUUACAAAGAAUGGAAUUACCAGUAGAGAUCAGCAGAAAAUUAUGGCUGCUCUUAAAGAACUAGAGGUAGAAGAGAUAAAAUUUGGAGAAUUACCUGAAGUGGCAAAGUUGGAAAUCAGUGGUGAUGAGUUCCUCAACUUUCUUCUGAAAUUAAACAAACAGUGUGGCCAUUUAAUAACAGCUGUACAGAACAUUAUUACUGAGUUGCCUGUAAAUUCUCAGAAGAUAGUACUAGAAUGGGCUUCUCCCCGGAAUUUUACUUCAGUUUGUGAAGAACUGGUUAGUAAUGUUGAAGACUUGAGUGAAGAGGUCUGCAAACUAAAAGACUUAAUUCAGAAGUUGCAAAAUGAACGAGAAGAUGAUCCAACUCGUAUACCGUUAAAGGAAGAAGUAUCUACAUGGAAUAGUAGACUUUUGAAGAGGACGGCUAUCACCGUAUGCGGAUUUGGGUUUCUUCUUUUCAUUUGCAAGCUAACUUUUCAGAGAAAAUAA